AAAUGUCAACCUUGUUCCUCCUCGCGAGCAUAACUUCACUCGUACGCGCACACGCACACACACGCAGAGGAGCACGGCGACUUCCAGCGCACCUCGCUCCAACAGCGCAACUACAUGAUGACGAGACGGCCAAGACACAGUGUUUUACAGCAGUGAGGAGGAAGAUGAGGAGGUGGAAACGUACGACCAUGACUACGACGGCUCACUGGCCAAGGGAGCCAAGCGCCACCUGGGCAAGACACGCUGGACCCGGGAAGAGGAUGAGAAGCUAAAAAAAAUGGUGGAACUCAAUGGCACUGAAGACUGGAAAGUGAUCGCCAGCUUUCUUCCAAACCGCACUGAUGUUCAGUGUCAACAUCGCUGGCAGAAGGUUCUAAACCCAGAACUGAUCAAAGGGCCCUGGACCAAAGAAGAGGACCAAAGGGUGAUUGAGCUGGUCCAGAAGUACGGGCCCAAGCGCUGGUCAGUGAUAGCCAAGCACCUGAAGGGGCGCAUCGGGAAGCAGUGUCGUGAGCGCUGGCACAACCACCUCAACCCUGAGGUCAAGAAGACCUCCUGGACCGAGGAGGAGGACCGCAUCAUUUACCAGGCCCACGAGAAGCUGGGCAACCGCUGGGCUGAGAUUGCCAAACUGCUACCCGGCAGGACUGAUAAUGCCAUAAAGAAUCACUGGAACUCCACCAUGAGGCGUAAGGUGGAGCAGGAGGGCUAUUUGCAGCACGGCGUUAAAGUGGGCCCCUGCUCCCUCUCGGCCAGCUACCCCAAGCCAACACACCUCAUGGCCUUCGCACACACACACACACACACACACACACACUCGCCAGCCAGCGCACACCUCUCAGCGCCCUCGCCCAUGAGCCCGGAUUACUCGUACUACGUCUCCGAAUCACCGCGGGUGCCGUUGCCGUUGCUGAGCAUUCUGAACAUCCCCCAGCAUGGCACAGCUGCUAUCCAGAGACACUAUAACGAGGAGGACCCGGAGAAGGAGAAGAGAGUGAAGGAGAUUGAGAUGCUUCUUAUGUCAACAGAGAAUGAAUUAAAAGGUCAACAAGGUCUACCAAUGCCCAAUUUUGGGUGGAGUCGCAGCUCCUUGAUUGACGGCUCCCUGGGCGUGUCCGUCCCAGCCCCUCACCUUGACCAUAGCUGUCUCCCUGAGGAGAGUGCGUCCAGCUCUGUCUCCCACGGCAAUGACAACCUGCCUGGGUUCAUCGAGGAGAUGGACUCGUUCUUUACGGCGUCUGGGAGAGCGGAGAGUUCUGACGGCGACAUGACACCCCCAGGCCUCUGUUCCCAGAAGGCUUUGCUGGCCACGCCACUGCACCGCGAACACGCCCUCUCUGGCCAAAAGGAAAACGACAUGUUCCGGACUCCUGACCUCAGACGCUCCAUAAUGGAGUCCUCUCCUCGAACUCCCACCCCCCUGCACAACGCCAAAUACACACUCACACAACUCAAGAUGAGCCACAGCCCUCCGUUGGAGGAGGAAACGCUGGACCGCAUCAAGCAGGAGCCCAUAGAGAGCGAGGUCACUCCUGGGGGGCCCCAGCAUGAUCUGCCCCCCCUCAAGAAGAUCAAACAGGAGAUUGAGUCUGUCUGUGGGACUCCGUGUAUGCAGUGGGAGGGACCUGAGCUGAAUGCCCAACUCUUCCCCCAUAGUGGCUCAGCCCACAAUACACCUGACCUGUUGACCAGCUCUGUGCUGAUGCUUCCCGGUGCAGGGAAGACUGAAGACGGACACAAGGCCUUUCACCUGCCCUGCAAGAACAUGGGCAACCCCCUGCAGUUGAGCGUGUGGGAACAGGUGGUGUCUGGGAAGGUGGAGGACCAACUCCUGUCCUCGGAGCACACACACAUACACCUCAGCUCCUUCAGCACACGCACGCUGGUAAUGUAGGCCUGUUCUGUAGAGGCGGUGAAAGAUAGAUGAAUAGAUAGAUAGAUAGAUAGAUAGAUAGAUAGAUAGGGGGAGAGAGGGAGAGAGAGAGAGAGACUGGGGAGAGGGGCAGGUUGAAGGACAUUACAACACCCUUUGACAACAAAGCCAGUGAACUAGAGAAACACUCCAAUUGGAAAAAUUCUGUUAAUAAGACUCUAUUCUGUUCAGUACAAAUUUGGGAGAGGCCUUCACGUAUGGCUCAGAUCUGUAUACACUUGUUGGACAACCAACCAAAGACGUUUGUUAUUCUGUUUGUGCGUUUAUUCCUUGUCACUUGUUUUUAAGUUGUGGUAAUUGAGUUUGUUUCUGUUUGUUUUUUUAUUAUUGUAUUUUGUAUUAUAUUUGGGGACAAAUACUUCUAAAGGCGAGCUCUGACUAUGUGAAUAUUAAUAUAAAGAUCAAUCAUAGUAAUUUAUUAUUUUGUAAAGACACAAAUGGGAAAAUAGAGGAGAGUCUAUGGAGAGUCUCGUCAGCAGCGUUUGACUCCAGUAUUCUGCUGCAGGCUUCCUAGACAGUCACUCCUACACAUACAAGUGUGUGUGUGUGUGUGUGUGUGUGUGUGUGUGUGUGUGUGUGUGUGUGUGUGUGUGUGUAAGUGUGUGUGUAAGUGUGUGUGUGUGUGUGUUUGCGUGAAUUCUCACCAGUGUGUAUGUGUGGAGUAUGUGUCCUUUAAGCAUUAUCAUGAUUUCUUUUUUAUUUCUUUUUUACCUCCAAAAAAAUCUGGUAAUUUUUUUAAUCCUCUGCAGUUUGCUACGUGAGCAUUGAACCUAUGUAUUUUCAAAAGUCCAGCUCCCAGGUGUGUCACUCGUCUGGCACACCCUUAAAAGCAUUCAGAUGCAUUUCCAGACACGUACAGUACCGUGGCUGUUGUCAUUUCAGACUGACCCGAUGUGAGUUUACCGUGCAUCGCGUCGCACCUCCAAAUGGCCUUCAGGUGCUUGUUAUAGGUUUACAUCAACUCUGUGAGUGGGGACCACAGAUCUCAUGGCUGCCAUAGGAAGGCCUUCCGUGGGGGUCCUGCUUGUGUCCAACUGAUCCUCCAUAUUGUCUAUGAGUGACUUAGGUAUCUUAUUGUUUAAUGUAAAAAAAACAUAGAUAAACAUAGACUGUUUUUUUACUUGUUUACUUUUGUAUAUGCAAACAACAGAUUUAAAGUGUCAUUUCCCCCCACCCAAUGUCCUGAUAUUGACAAUCAAAGUGUUGAAUUAAGUACAUAUGUUUUAUACUUCAACACCGUAGCACUGAAGCCUUAAUAUUACUAUUGUUGGUUUGUCCAGUGGGAUUUAGCCAAUCCUGUAAAAGUGUUAAUAUUUCCAAAAGUAGUUGACAAAAAUACAAGCUAGAUUGUGGUAUUAUUUGUUUGGUUUACCCUGUGAACAUUUGUUUCACUGAACAAAACCAUGGCGUGUUAUGUUUGCCAUGGUUGACUAGGCUCUGAGGGGCUCGUCUGCAAAGCACAUUCCCAAGCAAUAAGAGAGAACUGAGGGAACCAAACCACUGCACUUGAACUGAAAAACAAUCAUUUCUGUACUUCUGUUUGGUGUUGCAUUUGUGACAAAGGUUUCAAAACUCCUCAUUACUUUUGUGGUAUUUCAAAAAGAACACUUAAAAAAAAACAUAACAAAAAUGACUGCUUUGUUGUAUUUUAUUUUUUAUUUUUUGAAAAAAUCAAUCCACUGGUAUUUUGAAUCUUUUGAAUCAAUCCAUUGGCAUUUUGAACUGCUGUUUUAUACUACUGCUCUAGACCAACAUAAACACUUUUUUUGAAAAAUGUAUGUUGUAAGCGCUGCCUUUUAUAUCGACUACGGUCCAGCUAGUGUUUUAUACAAGCCUUAAAACCAAGUUUUCUUACAAAUCUUUUUAUACAAGUAAUUUCUAUUGUAAACUGCCUUAUAAAUAAAAGUGUGUUUUUUUUCAAA